CCUCGCCCUCGCCCUCGCCUCACCUCGCCGGCUCCGAAUGCGGGGAGCUCGGACGUCCGGUUUCCUGUGAGGCUUCUACCUGACCCCGCGCCCCUCCCCGGCCCCGGCCAGCACCGCGACGCGAGGCGUCGGGAGCGCCCAGCCGCGGACCGCUGCCGCCGCCUCCGGCCGCCCUCGGGGGGUCGCCGGCGGCUCCGCGCGCAGGGAGCGCAGCGUCGCGGGGGCGCCACGCGCCCACCCCGCCCCCACCGCGGCCGGGCCGCCGCGCUCCGGGUCCUUCCACCAUGCACUUGCUGGGCUUCUGGUCCCUGGCGUGUUCCCUGCUCGCCGCUGCGCUGCUGCGGGGUCCGCGCGACGCGCCCGCCGCCGCCUCCGCCUUCGAGUCGGGACUCGGCUUCUCCGACGCGGAGCCCGACGCGGACGAGGCCCAGGCAUAUGCCGGCAAAGAGCUGGAGGAGCGACUGCGGUCCGUGUCCAGUGUCGAUGAACUCAUGACCGUACUCUACCCAGAAUAUUGGAAAAUGUACAAGUGUCAGUUAAGGAAAGGCGGCUGGCAACAUAAUAAAGAACAGCCCAACAUCAAUGCAAGAACAGAAGACACUGUAAAAUUUGCUGCAGCACAUUAUAAUGCGGAGAUCUUGAAAAGUAUUGACAGCGAGUGGAGGAAGACUCAGUGCCUGCCGCGUGAGGUGUGUAUAGAUGUGGGGAAGGAGUUCGGAGCGGCAACAAACACCUUCUUUAAACCCCCGUGUGUGUCCGCCUACAGAUGUGGAGGCUGCUGCAACAGUGAGGGCCAGCAGUGCAUGAACACCAGCACCAGCUACCUCAGCAAGACGUUGUUUGAAAUUACAGUGCCUCUCUCUCAAGGCCCCAAACCAGUAACAAUCAGUUUUGCCAAUCACACUUCCUGCCGAUGCAUGUCUAAACUGGACGUUUACAGACAAGUUCAUUCAAUUAUUAGACGUUCCCUGCCAGCAACACCACCACAGUGCCAGGCUGCAAACAAGACUUGCCCCACAAACUACAUCUGGAAUGAUCACCUGUGCAGGUGCCUGGCUCAGAAAGAUUUUAUUUUUCCUUCUAAUUCUGGGGAAGACUCUACAGAUGGAUCCCAUGACAUCUGUGGACCCAACAAGGAGCUUGAUGAAGAGACGUGUCAGUGUGUCUGCAGAGGGGGGCUCCGGCCUUCCAGCUGUGGACCCCACAAAGAACUAGACAGAAACUCAUGCCAGUGUGUCUGUAAAAACAAACUUUUACCCAACUCAUGUGGGGCCAACAGAGAAUUUGAUGAAAACACGUGCCAGUGCGUAUGUAAAAGAACCUGUCCAAGAAGUCAGCCCCUAAACCCUGGAAAAUGUGCCUGUGAGUGUACAGAAAAUUCACAGAAAUGCUUCUUAAAAGGAAAGAAAUUUCAACAUCAAACAUGCAGUUGUUACAGAAGACCGUGUACGAAUCGACUGAAGCCUUGUGAACAAGGACUUACAUUUAGUGAGGAAGUGUGUCGCUGUGUCCCUUCGUACUGGAAAAGACCGCACGUGAACUAAGGCUGCGCUCUUUUCCAACUUGUCACCUGGCGAUCUCGGAAGACCGUGUUGCCACGCUAGAACUGUCCGCCAACAGAGCGACCUUUGUGGGACCAUGUGGACCAAGACAAGUCAGGGUUCUCUGGACUGUGUGCACAACUUUACAGAAAUGGACUGGAGCUCACCCGCAAAAGACCUCUUUUCAAUGACUGGUUUUCUACCAAGGACCAAACAGCUGAGGUUUUUCUCUUGUGAUUUAAAAAAAAAAAAAAAAAUAAUAAUGACUAUAUAAUUUAUUUCCACUAAAAAGAUUGUUUCUGCAUUCAUUUUUCUAGCAAUAACAAUUGGUAAAGCUCACUGUGAUCAAUAUUUUUAUAUCAUGCCAAAUAUGUUUAAAAUAAAACGAAAGCUGUAUUAUAAACCGGUAAGUUCAGU